AUGGCUGUCCACACCUUGAUUUUCCUCGGACCUUGCAAUAAAACGACUGAAAAUUCGCUAAAACAAGCCCUGAGAAACUUCGAUAAAGCUAUCCUAUUCGAAGCAGAGAAUGAAUUAAAGUCCGCGAUCCAACAACUCUUAGACCAACCUUGGUUUAAUCGCGUUUGGAUCUUGCAAGAGCUAGUCCUCUCACGUGACCCUCAUAUUCAAUAUGGCUAUUUGCGUCUUUCCUGGGACAAGUUCUUUGCAUUUAUGAGCUGGGUACUUGGAAGGCCACUGCUUGGGGCCUACCUUGUCGACAUUGCAGCAGUGGAAGAUGAGUCCAAGGACUUAGAAACUGUCAAUAGCGUCUCUAAGGGAUUUCCCGUCGACUCUAGAACCAGUGCGGACAUAUUUGGCGAUGCGAUGGCUGGGGAACCCCUAGACUUUAGUCGAUGCCAUACUUAUUCUUCUAUAUCUAACGACGAUGUUGACAAAGAUUCCUUUGAAAGAUCACUGUCUCCAGAAGAGUCAGGUGAGACACCUCACGAACACUCUUAUUCUGAGGAAUCCGAUUACCCUAUCUAG